AAAUUGAUUAUAAGCCGCGGCUUAUAUUCGAAUAAUUACGGUUAGCGGCGUACGUAACGUUCAGCUGCCACUGCACGAGGGCUCACCGUACCCAGGUGGACAGGUUCAAAGUUCAAACCUUAGCUUUCACCGUAUUAGAAAAUUGUGAUCGCCCAGAAAUGUUUUGUUGCAAGACACUUGCUUUUCACGUGCACAAUUGUGAAUCAGCAGCUAGUGUACAUGUGAUUUUCGAAGAACUGAUCGGAUUUUUGGCAAAUUGCCUCUCAAUACCUAUUAAGUAACAACAGAGCGUGGUGCCUCUCGCAACACGAAUGGCAACUUUUGAUGGGUUGAUGAUGGGGAUCAAAGCAAAAUACUUAACGUUUUCGCUUCAAUUUACAGGUGACCCAACAAAAAUGGCUGAGGGUACUGUAAAGGUGAAAAACCACCUUCCACCAGGAGUAAGGUGCCUUCGCUCAUUCUCUAACGAUGACACACCGCCGAGUGAAAAUCGUUACAAGGCAUUUGUUCUGGUGCUCACCUUUAUGGCAUACACCUCUUAUCAUCUUGCCAAAAGACCAAUUAGUGAUGUGAAGGGAACGUGGAAUCCAAACUGUACAGUUGAGAGAGUAAAUAAUACCUGUGCUGCCUGGAAGCCUUUCACUGAUAGAGAUUUGAGCAAGGAAUUAUUCGCAGCCCUGGAUUCGGCCUUCCUCUACUCAUAUGCCUUGGCCAUGCUUUUCAGUGGAUACAUCGCUGAACACACUAGCCUGCGCUUGUAUCUUGGUUCAGGGAUGAUAGUAACGGGCAUUUUUACGUGUCUGUUCGGCAUGGCGUACUUCUGGAACAUCCACUCUUUAGUUUAUUUCAUUGGAAUGCAAGUUAUAACUGGCAUAUUUCAGGCCAGUGGCUGGCCGUGUGUUGUUGCUGCUGUUGGAAACUGGUUUGGCGAAGGAAGACGGGGUUUAAUCAUGGGAAUAUGGAAUUCUCAUGUGUCAGUUGGAAAUAUACUUGGCUCUGCAGUGGCUGGAAUAUGGUCUGGUGAUCGUUGGGGCUGGUCAUUCAUCGUGCCUGGUGUCAUCAUAAUAUGUGUUGGCAUAAUAAUCGUGUUAUUUCUCGUCAGUGAACCUUCCUACGUCGGAAUCAUACCCGAAAGAUCACGAAUGAGGGAUUCAACCUUUGUAAGAAUGAAUGAAGAUAUGCCGGAACGGGUUGUGCGAAACAAAGGCCGUAUCAAAUCUGUCCCAUCUUCAUUGUCGACGUCACUGACAAGAUCAAGAGAAGGCAAGGCAAUCAGUUUUAUAGGGGCUCUUCGAAUUCCGGGUGUGAUUGAAUAUUCCCUGUGUUUAUUUUUUGCCAAGUUGGUUAGCUAUACUUUUCUUUACUGGUUGCCAUUUUACACCAAAAAUACAGUUAUUGGUGGAAGAAUAUUUAGUUCGGAAGAAGCCGCCGAUUUAUCCAUAUAUUUUGAUGUCGGGGGAAUCAUUGGUGGAAUAAUGGCGGGUUUUAUUUCGGACAAGUCGAAGUGUAGUGGCAUUACUUGUUGGGUCAUGCUUGUUGUGGCAGCACCAUUGCUGUUUAUCUUCAAGUUUUAUGGAAGUACAAAUUUAACUGUUUAUAUCGCGGUUAUGAUCGUUGCUGGUAUCUUUGUGAAUGGACCUUAUGCCCUCAUCACAACUGCUGUAUCAGCAACUUUGGGCAACCAUCAAAGCUUGAAAGGAAGCACAAAAGCAAUGGCAACUGUUACGGCGAUAAUUGAUGGAACAGGGUCGUUUGGUGCUGCAACUGGACCCUUGCUCGCUGGGCUUAUACAUGGCUGGGACUCAAUAUUCUACCUUCUCAUAGGAGCUGAUAUCUUUGCAGCCAUUCUGCUCACAAGACAAGUUUAUCACGAAAUUAGGCUAUGUCAUGCUAUUGUACAGGGCAAAAGGCGCAAAGACGAAGAGGAGGCCCUCAAAGAAGACGGGGAAAGAGAUCCAUUACUUGAGGACAAUGACAGUACGACGAGUCGGACAAGCGCUUAAGGGUUGUAGUUGAUAUUCAUAUUGAAUUUUGGCAUUUUUAUUACUGAUUCGACCAGAUUUCUUUAUAGGAAAAAUAGAAUAUGUGAUUAAACACAAGAUUAUUUUUAAAUUGCUUUCAGAAAUAUAUUUUUUUUUCGUUAAAAUGUCUAGCGCUUACCCCUGUACUGUCUGAUGGCAACAUAUGUAGAAUAACUGGCGUUAAAAACUAUUUUUUUUUAUAUUUAAGAGACAAGAAUGUCCAUAUAGAAGGAAUAAUUUCAUUAACUGUACUAAAACUAGGUUCAUCAUAGAUUCAUAGAUUCAAAAACUAAAUAUUUGGUUUUCAAGAAAAUACCUGCUAAAACGGGCUUUGAAGCUAUGUAUUUUUAACUGCCAACUUUAAAUCAAAGAAUUAAUGAUAAUAAUAAUCAUAAUAGAUAUGCCCCAGUUUUAUUAUUUGUGUACAUGUCAUUACCUAGUUAGUAUCAUCAGUUUAUUCAAUCCAUACGAUCACUGAUAUGGGGGCAUUUGUGAUACAUCAACUUGAGGUAAUGGCAGAGGUAAGUUACGAGUUACCUGGUUUUGAGGGGAAUACCCUAAGAUAGAAUAUUAAUGUAUCCCUUUUCAACCAUAUGAAUAUCGACGAUAAGCAACUUCCAGGAAGUAAAAAAUUCGCUUGCAUGCUCCCCUUAGUGAGGAACCACCUCAAAACAGGUUUGGGAUCCCCCUCCCCCUUAAAAGACGAGACACGCAAAAUUUUCAUGCUUUUGAAUCAUUUGGUCCCAUGUGAAUUUUUCUAGGGAUGCUUGAUUUGUGUUGUGAUUCCCUGUAAUUAAAUGUUUUAUAUAAACGAUUAAUCAAUUCGAGCUGUGUAACGGCCUUUUAGAUUGAAAACUUUUACCGCGUAAUUGGUAAUGGAAAAAAUGUUGUUCUCCGAAAUUUUGCUGUUUAAAUAUUUUGCGAUAAGAGCCUUUAGGCUUCGUUUAACCGAAAGAAAGUAGAUCGCAUCUGAAAAGAUUUGUACCCAGUAGAUCUAGAUUUUAACAAAAGCUUUCCCCAUUAAUCAGAAAAUUUGUUGUGAAUAAAGGUUUUUGAGAUGAUAGCUUUGCGAUGAAGUGUUGUCUUGGUAUUCAAAGUUUUAGAGUUGAAUCGUUCUGUUUUUUCGAUUUAAGUAAGUUGAAUGUAACCAGCUAUAAUGAUCUUUAAAUGCGUCACGUUAUUUUAUUACUUUAUCACUGCUUAUGUUGUGAAUUUCAUCCUUUAAUAAAACUGCUUUUAAACAACGAUUCUAGUUCAAUCAGUCAUUCGUAUUUUUUAUUCGCAAUUGAAAGUUUGUGAAGUUAACGUCCUUUGGAUUUUUUGUUAACGUUGAAACCUCGACCGUUUUAGCUUUGUUUCUAUAUGUUUAGAUUGUAUUUCCAAGUAUAACCACUUCUUCUCCUAAUUCUGCCGGGAACAGAGCUGAUCGAGAAAGAAGUCUCGGCAACCUAGGACCAACUUGACUGCCACAGUCCCCCUGCAUAUUAUUAAACAGUAGCAGUAGCGUAGCCAGGGUGGUAAGGUUGGGGAGAAAUGGCGAGUCGAGCAAGGGAAAUAUAAGGGUUUUAUACCCUUGGAACGCCAUAAAACUCCCUUUUCCAAAGAGAUUUUUGCCAUUUGGGGGGGGGGGAGGUCCGCUGUCUUUUACCUCCCUCUCAUUGCGCUACUGUCUUUGAAAGCGUGGGAUCUCGGUUAAGAGACCCGGCAUCCCUUUAGGAUGAGAUGAAAAGUUAUUUUAUAGUUAACUGAAACUACAAACAGUCUCAGGCAAGCGGGAUGAUACGAGCGUAAAUGCCCACGUAACCAUCAAUGAAUGAACAACGUUUCAGAACAAGGGCAUGAAGCUCCUUCGCAGCAAAAAGAGCUUUCUUAAAAUUUUCAACGGUUGCUAAGUUAUUGACUAUCUGGUUGAAUGCCUAUCUUACGAUUAUCUUGAUUAUCUUGUUAUUGUUAUGAUUUUCUUGGCAAUAAUGGAGCUUUAGCGCUAUCCAUAUCCACGCUGGUACAGAAUUUUUCACUCUGAGUAGGCGAAACUUGUUUUGUGUCCAGUGAUUCUUCAGAGGAAAAGACGAAGUGGAUUUCAGUGAGUAUUUAGAGAAAAGUUUUUGUGGAAAUAUAAGUGGUACUGCACAAUGAAAACACAUACAAGGCAGUUUCUUUUCUCUGGUCAAGAGAUGAAUAUCGUUUCUCGCUUGAGACUUCCCACUCAAUAGCACGGCACUCCUACUUCUAAGAGAGUCACACCUUUUCAUUUUAGUUCAAUAAAAUGGUUAGCAAGUGCAAAGUAAAUACAUGGCUUUCAAGAGAAUUUUGUUGAAUUCGCGCCGGUAUGUAAAUACCGGAGAUUAAAGCCUUAGGCAGCAAUUAUCCUCUGCCUUAUAAACGGGGUGGCCACGUUGUCUUGACUCUUGACUCUCACUGACCUGCGUGGUCUCAAAUAGUCAUCAAGUAGGGCAUAAAAGACCUCUAAAAUUCCACAGAAAAUGGAAUUUGUUUUCCCUGUUUAAGCUCCAGUGCUGUAGUGCUCCUGUCCCCAGUAACUGCGCCCCUCUCUUGGGAUAUGUACUGCAUGAACAAAUAUGUCAUUAUUCUGAUCAUAAAAUAGAAAUUCAAACUUCUACUAAUACUAAUGAAGCUGUUUGAUAGAAACCCUUUACUUCAAAAUGUCUGCCUCUCCUUAGUUCUCUUGCAUUGCUGGUUUUAACUAGCUUUGAAUACACUCUCUUCCAAUACUCUCCCCGGACAUCUCCCGGGGGAUGACCAUAAAGAACAACACUGGGCACGAAGGUUACUUGAGAUUACUCGAAAGAAGAAGAUUAUGUUUCGAUACAGAACAAAGGUUUGUUUAAUAAUGUGACAUCUUAAGUGUUUUACAAGCUUACAAAAUGGCAGUGCACCCCGGCUUUUACAUAAAGACCGGGGCUCCACUCCUUGAGAAAGGUCGAAUGACAAUUCUGUGACCGCAUAUCUUCAGCAAGUUUGAGCAGUCGACGUUUGCAGCAGGCAAAUAGCGAGCAAGCCAUCUAGUAGGCCUAGCAGCCAUACAGUCGCUGAAACCUGAACAGAUAACAAGAAGUUUGCUGUUUAUCAGAUUGAAAGAAAUCAAUUUUUGUUGCAG